AUGAAACUACAUUACAAUCCAAAUGGUCCAAUUAUAUUAGAUUCUUUGUUUUAUGAGUUUUAUCAUUUAUUGAACUUUAAAAUAUACCCCAAUUCUAUCGGCGGAAACAAACUACAUCCUAAACUUUACGAAAAGUUCAAAAACAUAGCAUACAAAAACCGUUCAAAUGAUGGGAUUCCAAACAAUACGUCUAAUUUGAAGGGGAUUGAUGGUCAUUUUUCACUGAUUUUGAUAAAACAAUGGUCCUACUCAAAUUAUACGCCUCAGUAUCACUUAUCAAUUAUUGAAGUGAAAAUUAGCUUCAAUGAAACCGAACAAUUGUACUAUAUCACUCCAUUGGAGUCACACUCACUAACAUCAUACUCAAUAGAUGAUUUAUCGCAACAAUACUCAAUUUUUAAAAAAUACAACCAAAAUGGUUCAGAUUUCACUUCCUUUGGAAGUUUGUUGUUAGAUUCAGAAGAUUCAGAAAUCGAUCUCGUUUUAGAUUCAUACGUUUUUAAGAAUGACUUUAAAUCACUAGUUUCAGGAAAUAACGCCCUAAGCUCAUUUUUUCAUAAUAUAUGGGCACCUAUAGGAUUAUUGACUAACCGAGAACUAUAUUUAUUCAGUUUAACGAUUCCUUUCGAAAAGUAUAAGAAGCAUUGGCUGAACAACUAUACAAUCGAGUUAUCUUGUGCAGUUUACGAAUACCUUAAAUCUGACAUUAUGGUAAUGCCUGAUGACUUAAAGUCAACAAAAUUCUCAAAUGUAGAAGAUUAUUCCGAUUUUUCAGAAUAUUCCGACUACGAUGAAUGUGAAGUCCGGUUCGAUUUCAGUUCAACCGAGUUUCAAGACUUCUUUUCAGCAAUUUCUGAAUCAAUUAAGAGUUUUGGAGGAUCAGUGUUACCAUAUUUAAACGGGUCAUAUCUGCAAGAUGGUUCUUGGAUAACAAAUAAUACAACACUUUGCACUGAUCUUAGGGACGUUAUUCUACUAUUGAAGAGUUCCACAAAUUGGCAUGGUGACUCAGACUCAAUUUUGAAAUUAUUUUUGUAUAAAGUUAUUAACCACAAUAAUUCUACACAGUUUAAACUUUUCUACUAUGACCGAGAGAUUAUUAUUAUUUCACAACUCUUUUUGAACCAUGUUUAUGAUUCUCUGAUAAAUAAUAAACAAUCUCACAAGCUAAUCAGGAGAAUUUUGGAAUUUUCAAACCACAAGCUUCUCCACCUCAUACCUGAGAAUUUAUUAAACUUUGUAGUUGACUUGUACAUCUUGAACAAGUCAGACGAGAUUUACAUAAUGAACAUUGCACCCUUCAACUUCAACCAUGAAAUUAUAUUUCCUUGGGAUCAGAUUUAUGAGUAUGCAACUUCAAGAACACCCUUUACGCACGACGAAUCCGUUAAAGUUGACUACUUUGGUAACAUAGCAUUCGUUGUAAUGUCUUCUAAUAAGUUAUCAAGGCAUAAGCUUUACAGUUUCUGCUCUGAGGAUGUCGAGGAGCUUGCAAAGAUACUUAACUAA